UUCUUGUAGUUUUCUAUGAUUCAAAUUUGCAAAACAUUGGCCCUUUUCUUUUGAUCUCUAUAUAUAUUAGUAAUUAACCGAGUCCAUGACCUAGAUGCUUUCGUUUAGGGUUUCUAAUAGCUGCAUUGAAUUUUCUUUGUUAGGGUUUAUAAUUCUUGCAAUCAAACAACACUUCGUUAAUUCUUCAAAAUAUACAUAAUCAUGUCUUCUCUACCUUCUGAUGAUCAUCGUCGUCUCAUCAAUCAAUAUUUUCGAGACCCACUUGAAAUUUCAUUAGAUACUUUUUGGCCAAGCAUUGAAGAUGAUAAUCAUAACCCAACUGCCAGCUUCAAUCUUGAAACGUUUCAGGAUUAUGAAAAUGCACUAUCAGCCAAUUCAGGUUGUCCAAUUUUUCAAGAAAAUUCAAUUCGUGAUGAGCCAGAAAAUAGUUUAUUGGCCAAGUCAAGAGGCGAAACGGUGGUGACAAAGACGAAGGAGAUAAAUCAUAGGUUCAGGCUUUUAAUGACGGAGAAAAUGGCGACGAAUUCUAAUGAAGAAGAAGGUUCAACAUCCAAGAAAGAAGAACACAAUGCUAAGGAAAAAUUAAGAAGAAUGAAACUCAAUGCUUCUUACUUGGCUCUUGGUUCACUUCUUCCCAAUUCUGCAACUUCUAAGAAGAGAUGGACUGCACCGGUCAUAAUCGACAAAAUUACGGAGUACAUUCCGGAGAUAGAAAGCGAAAUCGAGGAGCUAAGUUUGAGGAAGAAUUAUAUAGUAUUACGGUUCAAAGAAAAUGCAGUUGGAGAUGAUGAGCUUCAAGGGGCCACAGUUUCAGUGCUUGAACUCAAACAAGGGGAAGUAAUAGUGCAAAUAUGCAUGCAAACGAAUAUAGACAGGGGUUUGUCAUUUCUUAUGCAGAAUUUAGAAGCACAAGGCAUUACCAUUUUAAGUGCUUCAUCAAUCAGUAUAUAUGAUGACACAAUCUCAUAUCAUCUGCAUGUUCAGAUAAAUGGAAUUCCACUUGCAGCUGACUAUAUCGUAGUUUUCAAAAGGAAGCUAAUUAGUUUCCUUAUUGGCUCUGCAAUUCGCAUGUUAGUUCAGAUGUUAGGGAAUCAAAUUCCCUUUCAUCUUGAAGGAAUUUGA